AUGAGUCAGAGGCAGGUGUUGCAAGUGUUCGAGCAGUACCAGAAAGCCCGGACCCAGUUCGUGCAGAUGGUGGCGGAGCUGGCGACCAGACCCCAAAACAUCGAGACCCUGCAGAACGCGGGUGUAAUGUCUUUGCUGAGGCCUCUUCUUCUGGAUGUGGUCCCAACAAUUCAACAGACUGCUGCAUUGGCUCUUGGGAGACUGGCUAAUUAUAAUGGUGACCUAGCAGAAGCAGUCGUGAAGGGCGACAUUCUUCCACAGCUUGUUUAUUCAUUGGCAGAACAGAAUCGUUUUUACAAGAAAGCAGCCGCCUUUGUGCUACGAGCAGUGGGGAAGCAUUCUCCUCAACUAGCUCAGGCGAUCGUGGAUUGCGGAGCCCUGGACACACUGGUGAUAUGCCUGGAAGAUUUUGACCCUGGAGUCAAGGAAGCUGCAGCCUGGGCACUGGGUUAUAUCGCAAGACAUAAUGCAGGCAGGCCCCGCUUCCCUGCUCCCCCCUGGCGGCCUCUCUCUGGCCUCCUCACUGUUCAGCAGCUUCGUGGAGAAGAGCUUCCCGUGACCUCGUGUCCGGGGUGUGGCAGCAGUGAGGGUGGCACAUGGGACCGAGGUGAGAGCAACAGCCUGGCUGCAAGUGCCAUCGAUACCUACACAGGUGCUAGGCUGUCUACUGAUGCUGGGCAGGGACGGCGAAGCCUCAGCUCCCGGGGCAGCCGCGCCGUCACUAGGCGGAACAACCGAUACACUCACAACCGCGCUGCACCCACGCGACCCUUAUGCGUUCCGCCUUCCGUGCCGUGCUCGCUAAAUUACGGGAGACAGUCAGCGCUCCGUUACAAAGUAGCCUCUGCGUCUGAUGAUUUUGCCCAACCGGAGGCGAAUCUUUCCCAGCUGAUAGUUAACACAGGAGGAGUGGCUGCUGUGACUGACUGUAUCGGGUCCUGCAAAGGAAACAUAAGACUGCCUGGCAUCAUGAUGCUCGGCUAUGUCGCGGCUCAUUCUGAGAACCUGGCGAUGGCGGUGAUCGUCUCCAAGGCUGUGCCCCAGUUGUCGGUCUGCCUGUGCGAAGAACCAGAAGAUCACAUUAAGGCUGCGGCCGCCUGGGCCCUAGGACAGAUUGGGAGACAUACCCCGGAGCACGCACGGGCCGUUGCCGUCACAAACACCCUGCCUGUUCUGCUUUCGCUGUACAUGUCCACAGAGAGUUCAGAGGACCUUCAGACAAAAAGUAAGAAAGCCAUAAAGAGUAUCCUACAAAAAUGCACCUAUUUACCGGCCCUUGAGCCGUUUCUGUAUGAUGCGCCCCCCAAUAUCCUGAAGCACGUGGUUGGACAGUUCAGUAAGGUACUGCCACAUGACAGCAAAGCUCGACGACUUUUUGUAACAAGUGGUGGACUGAAAAAGGUUCAAGAGAUAAAGGCAGGACCCGGCUCUCUGCUCCAAGAAUACAUCAACAGUAUUAACAGCUGUUACCCGGAGGAGAUAGUAAGGUAUUACUCCCCUGGAUAUUCUGACGCACUUCUACAGAGAGUGGACAGCUAUCAACCACUUGCCAAUUAA